AUGAACGCUGAUAAAAGAUCACAAAUUGAUGAUGAUGAACAACGAUUAGACGUCGAACAUAUCUCAGAUUUAAAACAGAAACAAUAUGAUUCAUCUAGACCAUGCCCGCCUACAAAUCCGUGUGAUCAUUAUACAUUAAAACAUGCGACAACGUCAAACAAUUGUGAAAAAUUUAACGGAUCACAUGAUGAACAAGAGUGUACAAAUCAGACAAAAUUUUCUUUAAAUAAUAAUCCAUCAUUGCGUAGUUUAGAAAUUGUUUUGAAUAUUACAUCCACAAAGUAUGCUGAUAUGAAACAAAUAGUUUUACAACAGAAAAAAGACUCAUUUGGUUCUCAUCAUAUAUCACUCACAGUUCCUAGAGUGAAAAACGAUGAAUUAAUGCAUAGAUUUAUCGCAGUGACUACUGUGACCGAACCAAUUGACGGUCAUUAUUAUUUAUCACCAUAUCUAAUUAAUUGUGUUGACUCAAAAGCAAAUGGUAAAAAUCCCAUAUACGUACCAACUGUUGAAAAUGAACAUGAUUACAGCACACAAAUGUUACGGAUCAAAUAUAAUAAAGAGUUGAUUCCACAAAAGUAUCAGAAAUUGAUUAAUCAAGAAAGAUCUGUGCCUGUGAUAUUGUAUGUAUGUGUUAUGGUGAAAGUGAAUGAAGAAUUCUAUUUUCAUCCAAAAAAAAUGUUCGCUGGUGAUUCUUCCGAGAAUGAAAUAGACUGUGUAAAUCCAACGAAAAUCAAGUUAACUAAAGAAAACGUUUCCAAUGGUAUUGUAGAAUUAAAAUUAGUGAUUGUCAAUUCAAGUAUAUCUGACAAGACGAAAAAACCAUUUUUAUCAUUGUACAAAUUUUUCACUCAUACAACGGUACAUGAGUGUCAUCCUGGCUAUAAUAUCGAUGACGAAAAAUUCCGUGUUUUCAAACUAAAUGAGCCAAUUUCGAAAAAUGAUCUUCAUGAUUAUUAUCUAGGAUGUAUUAUUAGUUAUAAUGAUAAUAUUGAUCGGGAAACACUAUGUAUAUCGAGUAAAAUGACUAAACCUGUAAAAGAGAAUGAAAAUCGAUUAUUUCAAUUAUAUCAAUUAGAUAGGUUACAUUUAGCAUUUACAAUAUGUACUAGAGAAGAGAACAAUAUUUCAAAUUACCGUCAUCAUCCAGAGACCACGAUGAUUUCAGAUACAAUCAUAUACCAAGAAAAUUUUCAUUUAGAAAUAGAUAAUACUCAAAUCAGUACAACAGACCAAUUAAUGGAUAAGUGUAUGCUAAAUCCUGUUCAAAUAUUAAUCCAACCGGCUACUAUACAACGCCCAAGAACAUACAUGGAGCAAUUAAAAUCACCACAUUACAUUCAAGGUUGUAAUGAAAACACAAAACCAACAACAGAAAUUAAUCCUUCUUGGUUACAUUUAUUGAUGGAUGUGAGCCUUGUGUUCAGUAAUAAAGACGAGCAACGUGUUUAUCAACUACGUCCAGCAAGUUCGGACGAAAGAAAUAAGCUGGUCAUACUCAAUAACAAUACUGGUUCGUUGUUGUUCAAUAUAACAGAAGCUGAUAUUCAUAUGAAAUCAAAAUCAAAUAAUGAAAAAAAAUAUUUUGAAAAAAUAUUUGAGCAUGGUGCCAUGCAUAAAGCUUUUAAAAUUGUAUUCCAACAAAAGGAUGAAUGGAAACAUGAAGUAAAAAAAUUUAAGUCAAUCAAAAGUGGUAUUGGUGUACAAUUUGAAAUUCCUCAAUAUAGAAUCGUACCUAUAAUAGAAAAAAUUCAAGUUGAGAUAGUUAUCUACCGACUAAAUGAAGAAAAUAUUCAAUGUACAUUUACGUACAUACCACAUGAGAGUAAGAAGAGAAGUUUGAUUGAACUAGCUUAUCGUUUUUCUCAUUUACUUAUGUUUUUCUAUAUGAUAUUUUAG